CUUCAUCGCAGGACCUUCGGUCAUGUGACCAAGCUAGAGACCUCUAUGGUAUAUUGUAGGACCUUAGGAGGUCCUUGGGUCACAUGUUACCCAGAAAUCUCUGUAAAGGUGAUUGACAUCCGUUUGGACCAAUUAGCGUUAGUUCAGCCCCUGCCCAUAUAAGGGAGCUGUGUCCAAUUAUCGCUCUCUUGGGUUGCUGCUCUCGUGGAUGCCGGACUAACAGGACAGUGUGCUACGCAACUUUCAAAGACAUGCUAGGCCUCAAAACCUAUGGCCUCAGCAGAACCAAAAAUUCCUGUACAAGAUGAAAUAGUAUUUGGCAACGAUCUUCCACUCUAUAGUGACAUCCUUGGCAUAAAUGAAGCUUCUGGUUUGGAUUUAUUUGAAGGAGACAUUAAAAUAGAAGAGGGUAAAGAAAGAAGCACAAUUAUUGGCAGUCGGUACAGAUGGCCUCUUACAGUCCCAUAUUACUUAGAAGAUAGUCUAGAGGUGAAUGCUAAAGAUGUUAUCCUGAAAGCAUUUGAACGCUUCUGGCUAAAAACAUGUAUCAACUUUGAGCCAUGGAAUGGAGAAGCAAACUACAUUUCAGUGUUUAAAGAUAAUGGAUGUUAUUCAUACGUUGGAAAUCUACAGCGUGGAAAACAGUACCUUUCUAUUGGCUCAGGCUGUGAUGACAUAAAAAUUGUUCAACAUGAACUCCUUCAUGCACUGGGAUUUUAUCAUGAGCAGUCACGAUCUGACCGGGAUGACUACUUGACUAUUAUAAAUGAAAAUAUUCAGCCUGGAAAAGAACAUAAUUUCAAUGCUUACAGUGAUGUCGUUUCCAGUUUUCUCAAUGUACCAUACGAUUAUUUAUCCAUUAUGCAUUAUGACAAGACAGCGUUCCAGAUUGGGCAAGAACCAACAAUCUUACCUAAGUUUCCUCAGUUCACUAAUCUGAUUGGCAAACAAAUGGAUUUUAGUGAUAAUGACAUCUUAAAACUAAACCGACUCUACAACUGCACUUCGUCUGUAACAUUCCUGGACACGUGCAGCUUUGAAACAGAUGACAUCUGUGGCAUGUUACAGAAUUCAAGUGACAGUGCAGACUGGCAGCGAGUAACUCAAGUCUCAAACGGUCCAAGUUCUGACCAUACGCAUCUAGGAAAAGAAAGAGAUAUUGGUUAUUUCAUGCACUUCAGCACAAGUACAGGCAAGACUGGAGACUAUGCUACACUUGAAAGCAGGCUCUUCUACCCGGCGAGAAGAUUUCAGUGCCUGGAUUUUUUUUACUAUCAUAAUGGUAAUAAGAAUGACACACUUAACAUCUGGAUAAAGGAAUAUACUAAAGUCCAUUCCAAUGGUAUUUGGAGGUUAAUGGACUCAAUAAAUGGCAAACCAGCUGACUAUUGGCAGCUCCAUUAUUCUUCAUUACAUGCGACAAAUAAAUUCAGAAUUGUAUUUGAAGGCAUAAAAGGAUUUGGGAAAUCUGAUGGAGGCUUUUCAAUUGAUGACAUUAAUUUAUCUGAAACUGUAUGUCCUGAAAAUGUUUGGCAUAUUAGAAAUUUUUCACGUGACAAUGUUAAAAACUAUAUACGUAGUCCUCCUUACUACUCUAAAGAUGGCUAUGCAUACCAGAUUGGACUAUAUGAAUAUUCUUCGCCUGAGUCACAAGUCAACAUUGCAACUUAUUUGCAUCUGAUAUCUGGAGCUAAUGACCAUGCCCUUCAAUGGCCAUGUCCAUGGAGACAAGCUACAGUAGAGUUCUUGGACCAACACCCAAAUGCCCAACAGAGGACGUCAAACAUGAAGAGUAUAACAACUGAUCCUAAUCUACUAUCAGAUAAUAAACUGGAAUGGGAUAAUCCUUCAGUAAUUGGAAUUAAUCAAGUAUUUCCUAAUGGAACGUACUACAAAACUACAAAAGGAAUGGGAAAAUUUUUAUUUACAACUGAAGAAUGGCUUUAUAGAAGAGAUUUCCUGAAAGGAGGAGAUGCUUUCAUUCUUAUAUCUAUGGAAGAUAUAUCCCACCUAACUCAGUCACAACCAUUGCCGCAACCAACUCCUAGUUGGACUUCUAAAGUCCCAAUUUUACCAAUACAUUGUCAAGUGAAUAUUUGUCAAAAUAAUGGUGUCUGUGUUGUGGAAAACUUUAAAUCAGUAUGCAGGUGUAUAACGUCUGGAGAGUGGUGGUACGUGGGUGAGAGAUGUGAGACAAGAAUCCCCAGCAAAGGCAACAUGUGGAAAAUGUCUUUCUUAUGUGCAAUGCUUCUAUCCUUGUUUUCAAUCAUACUAGUGAAUACAGCAUAAGAAUGUUAUAUGAGCAGAAUAUGAAAAUGCCA